UGAUUCAAGUACAAUCUUCUGUUUCCUUAUUUGUGCGAUCUUGGGUUCUUUAGAUUGGGUAUAUUCUGGUUGGCUUUCUAUUUCAACAUUCUUGACUGUUGUGUGUCUGAACUUGAGCGCCAGUCCUCUAGUUGCUUAGAGGCGAAUGCCAGUCUUCUUGACUGCACUUGAUUUCAUCCCAAAUCCAAAUUUGUCAAGGUUGAAACUUGGUGCUAUGAUAGUCGAUUCAAAAGUCAAGCUGGCUCCAUUCAUGUUUGAGCUGGAGCCAAUAUUGUAUACUGCUUCUCUUUCCCUUCUUAUAAGAUUCACCUCAAACCUUAUGUCCUUUGCUGUACAGUUUCCUUGUUAUUAUAGCUUCUUUAUAUCUGCAGAAAAGGUAAACUCUAUGUUACACCCCAUCCUUUCUUAGGAGCAAACUAACCAUUAUACCCUUGAGAAUAUUAGUCAAAUUCCACCGUGUUAUCGAUGAGGACUAAAAUGUGAAUUCUCGGUUCAAACGGUGUUGAGUUUCGACAUAAAAUGAGGAAGUUACGGAUGUUAACUGAGUUUCUGAUUAAACUCACCCGUAAUUGUAAAAUUCCUAUGUACCCCUAUGAUUAAUUAACCCUAAGCUAAACCCUUCUAAUCAGCAACGUGUAUAAAUAUAUGUGUAAUGGGGCGGCCGCCACUUCCAAGUUAUGAAGCUCCGGGAAACAGAAUGAGAGGUUGGUCAAGAGCGAGCAACUAGCUAAGAAAAAUGAAAUUGCAAUCCGGCUGUGGCAAAAUUUCCUUUCCCAAGCCCGGGUACCACACUCGCCACCAGUCGACUAGUCGAAUUGUUUAUUCGUCCAUCCAAUUUGGGCCCAGAUAUGGGAGCGCUAUCAAUCGAGGGGUUGAAGAGCAGUGGAGUCGUCCAUGGGCGUUGUGGGCGACGAUCCGAUGACGAGAGGAGACACCGCUUGUCUCUUAAUGUAACGUGACAAUCAAUGGUGUAGUUGAAGGUAGGCCCAUCAUCUCCGUGGAGCGAAUAACGUGGAGGAAAUUACAAGAACCAAGUCCAUUGUUGUUUUGGGAAGGGGAAAAGACGGUGCAAAUAUACAAAGUAGAGCUCUCCUAAGGAUGCGAGACAAUAGGUUGGCGGCGGAUUUAAUUGAACCAGAGGGAUUAAUUGGUGACGGUGGCCUUUGCUACUCGGCAGUGGGAAAGGCUAGCCACGUAGAAAUGGUUCAAUGGUCGAGGUGAGCAUCUAACACCCACAACUUAUCUGAAUCGCUUAAUGUCGCCCUAAAAAUUGCUAAACGUCUCCCUAACUUAAAUGCCAAAUUACCUAUAUACCCUUAAAGAAAAUUUCAAAAUUGCAACAACCAAACAACCCUUCCAAACCCACCCCUUCCUUCCCAACGGAGAUCCCUUCCCUCUUCCUAGCGGCGCCGGCAAAACCCCCCCUCUGCAACUCCUUCCUUCACCGCCGGCAAAUCCCUCCCCCUCUGCAACUCCUUCCCGCCGGCAAACCCUUCCACCUCCAAGUCAUUCCGCCAGCGCCCAAGUCCAUUCCGCCAGCGCCCUUCCCCGCUCGAUCCCGUUGUCGCCGCAAGCCGCUGCGGUCGUUGAUGCUCGCCGUUGCCGCCGUCUCGCUCCCGUCGCCGGCCUCCCGCUCUCCCACCUGCUCACUCGUCUGCGCGCUGUUCCCGUCGCCGGCCUCCUGUCUUUAAACCGCGCACCAUUGCUGGAGAAGAUGGUAAACCCGCCGCGGUUGACCGUUGGUGCAACCGCAAGUGACCUGCGGUUGGCCAAUGACUUGCGGUUUGCCCAUGGUGCAACCACAAGUGACCUGCGGUUGGCCAAUGGUGAAACCGCAAAUGAGAUGCGGUUCCCUUUUUUUUUUAAGAAAGUUUACCUCGUUGGAGUCGCUACUCAUGAUUCAGACGUCCUACCGACGAUUUCAGCUCCAGAAUGACAACGCUGGAUUCUUUCUCUCCUUCCCUCUCCUUGGAUGGUGUUUUUUUUUUCUUUGCUUAGUCUAAGUAGUGUAUGUUGGCACAAGGGAAGGUAAAGAAGGUAAAAGGUUAAAAGUGUAACUUUGAUAUUUUUUAGGGCCCAACUCCCCAACUUAUAUCCCUUAGGGGUCGUUUGGAUGAGGAAUUCUAAUGGAUCAAUCGGACACAAUUGUCUCGUUUUGAGUCAAUUGUGCUAGAUUGAUCCGUUUGGCAGCAGAAAAUUUGGAUGAAGCAAUUUGGGCUGGGGAAUUCUGAAUUGACUCAUUUUGAGCCAAUUACAAUUGUCUGGGGUGGGGGCAGUUAAUCUGAAUUGAGUCAUUUUAAAUGACUCGUUUUGUAAAAUAAAACAAUUGGUCAAAUUGUCUCAUUUUACCAUUGAUCCAUCCAAACCACCAUGCACAAUCUGUUCUGGGUUUAUCAAAAUCAAUUCUCCAAACUUGGCAUAGGUGGAACACGUGCACAUAAUGGCUACGGGUACUAAUUUGGACUCUUAUGCAUGGAGCUAAUGGCAAUGGGUGAAAAGUAGUAGCUUGGUUAGGGAGAUCAUAUAAGACAAUUGUGCGUGUGUGUGUGUUUUUUUUUUUUUUCAAUGCAUGGACGAAUUGGGAAUUGGUAGAAUUGGAUAGCACGACUGUACGAGUAAGUGGCUUAAUGCAUGAAGCGAUUGGUAAUGAGCUGUCAAGGGCGUAUAUAUGUUAACAGCUUGAAGAGUUAGGGGGUUGGGUUUUUGUAGAAAUUGGUAGUAAUCGGUUAUAGGAUGUUACGUAGGUUAUUGAGUAUGCAAGCAAAGAUGAGCAAGCAUCGUUGAGGAGUAAGGAGUUCAGAUCCACCGAAUUAUUCGACUAUUAAGUGAGGUGAGUAUAAAGGGGUAAAUUCUACGCCUUACAUAUUUUCAAGUAUUUACCAUACACAUUUUAAGUAUUUUGUGAAGUGGGUGACAUGGUUGUUUACGUGUUUGGUUGAUUAUAUGUGACUGGUUUAAAUUAUGACUUGAAGUGAAUGUUUAUUAUUUACUUUGAAAUUUUACGAGUAUAAGUUAUUGUUAAAGUUUAAGAAACAAGUUCUUUUUAAAAAGUAACUCACCUUCAAGAAGGUGAAGUCGUUUUAAGUGUUUUUAGUCACUAGCGCCAGUCCGUUGCCAUUUGAGAUUUUCAAAUAGAGCAACAUUUAUGCUCUUGAGAUCUUUGAGGCAGAACAACAGUCAUGCUCUUGAGAUAUUUAAGUUGAGCAGCAAUUAUGCUCUUGAGAUUUUUAAGAUAAGCAGCAGUUAUGCUCUUGAGAAUCGUGGAAGAAGAGCCUUCCAUGAUAAGUUUAAGUUCAAGGAAAGUCUGGAUGGCUUCUCAUACGUAUGAUUUGGCAACCGGACUAGCUAGUGAGGGAUCUCCGUGUCAGUCAAGAAUUUAAGUGGAUAUUUGAGUUUUACGAGUACAGUUUUAAGAGUUAAGAUUUUUAAUAGUGGAAGUGCAAAGCAACUUCUACUAAGUUAAGUAAAGUGAUCAAGUAUUAAUAAGAUGUUAAACAUAAGGGCGUAGACUGACCCCAUCCCACUCACCAGUUUGAAGAGCUAGAGGAGGAGCUAAAGGAGCAGUUAGUGAGCAGCGAUUUCGAGGGCAACCAGUUAGAGGAGGGCAGUAUAAGCGUCACGGAGGAUGCUUAGUCAGGGUUUUCAGUAGCAACAACAUUAGAGAUUAUUAGUUAUUUACAUUUAUGAUUAUGAGUAUAGACUGGAGAUCACUUUGAGAUUUUAAGUAUUGAGUUUGCCCAUGUGUUAGAGCAUUGCUUUGAAUUACAAGUGUGUGAUUUCGUUAUUUUAUUUAUAAAAAUUUUGUUUCCGC